CUUCUUGCUCUGCUUCAGUAGUGGCUGAGCCAGAAAUGGGCACGUCGUCGUUGGCGAGAAGCGUUGCUCUUCUUACUCUGCUCUGCCUGCUUCUUACCUGUCAUGGGAAGCUCUCCACCAAGUUCUACGCCAAGUCGUGCCCGGGCGUGGCCGCCAUCGUCCGGUCGGUGACGGCGCAGGCAGUCGCCAAGGAGCCCAGGAUGGGCGCGUCCAUCAUCCGCCUCUUCUUCCACGACUGCUUCGUCAAUGGUUGUGACGCGUCCAUCCUCCUGGAUGACACGCCGACGUUCACCGGCGAGAAGAACGCCGGAGCCAACGUCAACUCCGUCCGCGGGUACGAGGUCAUCGACGCCAUCAAGACGCAGGUCGAAGCAGCCUGCAAGGCCACCGUCUCGUGCGCCGACAUCGUCGCCUUGGCGUCUCGUGACGCCGUAAACUUGCUCGGAGGCCCAACAUGGAACGUGCAGCUCGGCCGGACGGACUCGCGCACGGCGAGCCAGAGCGCGGCCAACGCCAACCUCCCAGGCCCGGGCUCCAGCGCGGCGUCCCUCGUCGCCGCGUUCGCGGCCAAGGGGCUCUCGGCGCGCGACAUGACGGCGCUCUCCGGCGCGCACACCGUGGGGCGGGCGCGGUGCGUCUUCUUCCGCGGGCGCAUCUACGGCGAGCCCAACAUCAACGCCACCUUCGCGGCGGUGCGGCAGCAGACGUGCCCGCAGACCGGCGGCGACGGCAACCUCGCGCCGUUCGACGACCAGACGCCCGACGCGUUCGACAACGCCUACUACGCGAACCUGGUGGCGCGGCGCGGGCUGCUGCACUCGGACCAGGAGCUCUUCAACGGCGGGACACAGGACGCGCUGGUGAGGAAGUACAGCGGCAAUGGCCGCAUGUUCGCCAACGACUUCGCGAAGGCGAUGGUCAAGAUGGGCGGCCUUGCGCCGGCGGCCGGAACGCCCACGGAGGUCAGAUUGAACUGCCGGAAGGUGAACUAAGAAUGGCUGACAUCCACUAUUCAGGGACGGAGCAAGGACGGCGACGGGGGCAGUUGUCUGAAUUCCGAAACAAAGAAAGCACUGAACCGUAUCCUUGCUUCAUGUUCAGCCCGGAUCCACACGGAGACGUCUUGUUUCCUUCCUCAUUUUGCAUUGAAACCAUCUUUUCAAGUGUAUCAAGUAUCAACAGAACGAGCUUUCCGAUGUCUCGUCUUAACAAGCUUCAUGACAGAAAAAGCUCGUUCUGCUGUUGCGGCUGAAACAAACAAAUAAAGGACAAGUCAGAUUAAACUACGAGUGAUGAAAAAUCAAUCUAUGGCCGUGUUUGUUU